AUGGAAAGUAAUGAAAAUUUUGAAUCUACCGACUUCACCGACUUCAUUGAAAAUGGUAACAAAUUUGGUGGAGGAAUUGAAUUUCGUAAAGGUGGUCCAAUUCAAUUAUUGAAGUAUGAAGAAGGAUCUAAAAAUAGAAAAUUCGGCCAAAUUCUUAUUAAUCCGGAAGCAUUAAAUAUUCUUCAAGCAAUUCGUGAGCCAAUUGCUAUCAUUUCUGUUGUUGGCUCUUUUCAUCGCGGUAAAUCUUGGUUCGCGAAUGUAUUGCAUGGGCAUCAUGACAGUUUCAAUCUUGGACCAGGAGUGGAGGGAUGUACGCGUGGAAUAUAUAUGUGGUCUCCACCCUUCAAAUUAUCAAAUGAACAAUCUGAUGGUGAAACAAUUCAGAAACGCGUUAUCAUUUUGGAUAGCGAAGGAAUUGAUGAUCCUAACCAGGAUCCAAAUUGGGCAACAAAAUUAUUUAUUUUAAGUUUAGCUAUUGCUUCAACCUUCAUAUAUAAUAUUAAUGGAAUUAUUGGUAAAGAUGACAUAGGAAAAUUGCAUUUAAUGACAGAUUUAAGUAAAUUCAUUCAAGAACCAAAGGAUGGAGAUUUUUUACCAAGAUUAGUUAUUUUAUUACGUGAUUUUAUGUUUGAAAGUUCAGAUAGUUUGAAAGAUUAUUUCUUGAAACAGAGCUAUUUUUGA